UUUGUUGGUUAUGUUUAUUUUAAAUUUAUAGAAACGCUUUAGGCACACACGGCCACACGUGUUUAGUUGGCUGUGGUGUUUCGACUGUUUCGAAAAGUUGCAAUUUUACCAAUUGAAAGCAGUGGUUUUGCUAAAUUAUUGCGAUUUUCUCACUCUGCGGUUAAAUAAGAAGUUUGUAAACAUUCACAAUGGAGAUGGACGACGAGUUUUUGGAUUUGGACAACGCUGGGUCGGUGGACUUGGGAUUUGCAGAAAAAUGCGACCCGUGGAAACUGGAAAGUCAUUUCUUCCCAAGCAAGAUUGGUGGAAAGCCAGCCUGGCUGAACUUUUCACAUGUACCAGCAGCAGACCGGGUCCUUUGCAAAACAUGCAAAAAUCCGUGCAUUUUUCUUUGCCAAAUUUAUGCACCCAUCAUGAGCACAGACGAAUGUUUCCACCGGACUCUAUUUUUAUUCGUCUGCCGAAACGAAGACUGCUGCGAGCCGAAUCGGUCUGACAACUUAGUAGUUCUUCGAUGCCAGCUUAAGAGAGAAAACGAAUAUUUUUCAUCCAGCCCACCAGUCGAAUCGAAAAGUUUUUCGCCAAAAUGUAAAGUGACCGAUUUCACUAAAACAUGCCGAGUCUGCAAUUUAAAGGGCACAUCACACUGCGGCAAAUGCCAAUCAGUGAACUACUGCUGCCGUGAGCACCAGGUUGCUGACUGGAAAGCAGGACACAAUUUGGAAUGUAAAUCUGGCAAAGCUGACCCUCAAAGAAAGUGCCCACUGUUGCUCCCAGAGUGUGAAAUAGAAAUUGAAGCAGAGGAAUUGACGGAUGAAGCAAGAGAAGGAAAAAGGGAAAAGUCUGAGGAGGAAAAAAUGAAGGAAUAUGAAAAUUUAAUUAAGGAAGGCAAAGCUGGAACCAUGCAUGGGGACUCAUCAGCAGAUCCAGAUUUUGAUGCUAUGAAUGAGGACAAGGAAGAUGUUGUCUUCAAGAAGUUCAAAAAAAGGAUUGCUGCAACCGCUGCUCAAGUUUUGAGAUACGAAAAAGAUGGAGAACCACUGUGGGUGUCACAAGAACAUCAACCAAAUGCUAUCCCGCCAUGUGAAUAUUGUGGAGGAGAGAGAACCUUUGAAUUCCAGAUUCUACCUCAAAUGUUGAAUCACCUAGCUCUGGAUCAAAUUGGCAAAAGUAUUGAUUGGGGCACCAUAGCGAUUUUUACUUGCAAAGAAAGCUGCGACAAUGGUGACGCGUAUAAAUCAGAAUUUGUGUACAAGCAAGAUAUUGUUCAAUGAAUAUCUUUUGAUUAAAUUAAUUUCAUGUUUCAA